AUGAUACACCUGAAAUCCGCAGCAAUCAGAUUGCACCAGCUGUUCCAACUCGAUCCGUCUGCGUUGUUCAACAAAGCCACCAACGAAGACUUUCCCUUGCCCAGAUUCGGACACGCAAGAACCUUGUCAUCCCGCGACCACGAGACCUUGCUGAGGUUGGCCUUGACCUUGAGAUUGCUCGACAGGUUCGACAGCUGCUGCGAAAUCUUGUACUUGAAGACUCUUCCAUGCUCCACGUCUUCUUGCAAGGUGUACUCGACGAUGUUGGCCAAUUUGUCGUCUCCCUGGGUGAACAGGUACUUUCCUGCGGAAUGGUCGAACGCGAUUCCCUUAACUGCGAUGGUAUCGUCGGAGCUGUGGAUGUGGAGACUGGUGAGCUGUUUCUUGUACAAAACGUCGUAG